CUAGUAACGAUUCGGCCGAAAACAGCCGAAGUUUGAGCUUUUCCCGUGAAGUUAGCCGCGAUUUCCUGGAAUUUAUUUUUGCGUUAAAGAUGGCGGACGAAAGUUUACCUGCCGGGUGGGAAAAACGUUUGAGCCGAUCCACCGGACAACACUAUUAUCUCAAUGUCUACACCAAAGAAUCCCAAUGGGACGUUCCAGACAAGCCUGCAGAACCUGUUCAAAGCUCAGGUCCCGAACAAGUACAAUGCUCACAUUUAUUAGUUAAACACAAAGAUUCGAGGAGACCCUCGUCCUGGAGGGAGGACAAUAUCACGCGAAGCAAGGACGAAGCCCUAGAACUGGUCAAAACAUAUCGUGAACAAAUAGCUCAGGGUAAGGCACCGUUUGCUGAAUUGGCCUCGAAAUACUCCGAUUGUUCAUCGGCGAAACGUGGAGGUGAUUUGGGGCCUUUUGGUAAAGGAGCCAUGCAAAAACCAUUUGAAGAGGCAGCGUUCGGUUUGAAAGUGGGAGAACUCUCUGAGCCCGUGUUUACAGAUUCCGGAGUCCAUAUUAUAUUGCGUACCGUGUAAAUACUUAAUUACUAUAGCUAUAGGUUUCUAGAAGAAUCAUGAUAUGCUUCUUUCCGUGUUAGUUGUUUCUCAAAAUGUUAUCAGUUUUCUGAAAAAAUCUACUUCCAUUUAACUAUAUUCUAUAUUCAGAAUCUACGAGUAAAAUGAAUUGUCAGUCCACAACCAUAUUAUGCACAUCCUAAUGAAAUGUUUUUCACUGAAAAGUACAUGUUUAAAUAUAGAUUAUAAAAUGUUAUACCUGUAACCAUUUUCGCAUUUAAUAUUUUGUAUUUAUUUUACUUAAAAAAAAGGUAAUAAACCUUUAAAUAUGUC